AUGAACCCUAGAUCGGUCGUUGUUCUCUCACCCUGGACGGAACCGCCUGCUGCUGCUCGUGUCUCGAUUUUUGUGAUAAGGUUUGAAGGUAUGAGACAAGAAGUAGAAGAUGUUCCGGAGUUGAUGCAUCUUAUACAAUCACGGUUGGCGUAUGAAGAAGCAGGGCGCACGAGUGUGUUGUCCAAGUCAUGGCUUCACGCUUGGUCUACCAUCCCUAUCCUCAGAUUUGUUGUUCGACGACAAAAGAGCAUGAAGUUGGAGGACGUGGAUCGCACUCUCAUAAGGUAUCUCCGUGACGACAUACCGAUCGAAAGGUUUUUCCUUGUUAUCGACAUCGAGGACCAGGAGUCAGCUUCUCAUGCUGAAAAAUGGAUCGGGCCCAUCGCAACCAAAACCUGUCUUAGAGAGUUUGACCUCUCAAUCAAGCUUUUUGGUGCCUCGUUUACGUUGCCAGAUGAGAUACUCUCGGGUGAGAAUCUUAACCUAACCAAAAUAAAAGUUGAAGCUUCUAUGGCAUCUCGUUAUUCCUUUUGGAUGACAACCAGCCAACGUCCUGUGAUCAACUGUGUUUCCCUACGAGAACUUCACUUAGAGGGUGUGAGCAUAAGUGAAGAGGUACUCCAUGACUUAUUGUCGUCUUGUACCUUGCUUGAGAAGAUAGUGCUUAUAGAUUCUUGCAAAGGGUUCAAGACUCUCAAGGUUAAAGACCUUCCUCAUCUUUAUGAAUUACGAAUAGCUUUGGAUGCUGCAAGCUCUACUGCUUUGGAACUCAGUGAUGUCCCAAAUCUUGACGUGUUCAGCUGCGAUCUACAUAAUUUGCGACCAUUUAUGCCCCUUAUUCCAUUCAACGCCCAUUCAGUAUUCUUAGCAAGCAGUCUGACACAAUUAAGCUUAGAUGUUGUGAUACAGGACUACGAGUGUCUGGACAUGAUCAAAUCGGGACUUCCUUUUCUUGAUAGUUUGACACUUUUUAUGAGAUAUUGGAUGUUGGGAAGCUUCCAUUUCACAUGUGCUUCCAUCAGGAGGUUGUGCUUGAAGUCGUGCGAAAGCAGCCUUAUCGAUAUACAAGUACAUGCUCCAAAAUUACUUUUGUUCGAGUUCAGCGGCAACAUAUUGCCCAGUCUCUUAUUUCCAGUCUCGUCUCUCAAGCACACCAUGAUUACACUCUCACUCCACACUCCUGUUGAUGUUGAUUUUUUUCUUAAGAUGAGGGAAACACUCAUGUUAUCAUGCAAGUGCCGCCUUUCUAUAUUAACUGACUACUUCAAGGAGGUGGUGGAGGAGGAGGAGGAGGAGCUGCCUUUGGACAUCGACAUCGACAUCGAUGAACUAAGAAAAAGGCUCUUGUUUCCUCCUGCUAAGAACGUGCAACAACUCUCGUUUCAAACGGGACGCGAUGAAUGCAUGUGGGAACGAUCCCCCUUUUUUGAUGCAUUCUUUGAGAUUUGCCAUCCUGAGCACGUAUUUGCAAACUCAGACAUCCGCUUCAGAAACAAAAAUCAUUUUUGCAGGCUCAUGCUGAGGGAGGUCUUGGAGAAGAAGACCAAACCCGCAUAUUGGGCUCGUUACCUCAAACAUGUUCAAAUAAGAAGGAAUCGUUAUAAAAAAUGGAAAACCCUAACAAAUUCCCAGAGAAGCUUUCUAGAAAAUGGCUCCCUAAAUUUCAAACUAAAAUGGUGUUAACGAUCCUGCUGGGUCACCCAUUUCUUGUACUAUUGUUACAUGCUUUAGUUUUUGUUUUAUCCUGAGUGUUACAAACAUAUUUAAACAUUUUGAUUUGAAUAAUCGUAUAUUUGUAUUUGUAAUUAUAAUGGUUCAACUCUAUAGAUUACUGAUGG